AUGGCAUCCGGACGAAAGGAUUUUCUCAGCCAACCUGCGCCCGAGAAUUACGUUGCUGGUCUUGGUCGUGGCGCCACUGGUUUUACUACUCGCUCGGAUCUUGGACCAGCUCGCGAAGGGCCAACCCCCGAGCAGAUCCAGGCUGCGCUUGCGAAAAGAGCACAGUUGCUCGGGGCAGCACCUCCGACAGCAUAUGGCGCAUCGCGAGAGAAGGGAAAGGGGGAUGAAAAGCCUGCGGAGGAGGAGGACGACGAGCGGUUCCAGGACCCGGACAACGAAGUCGGACUAUUCGCAUACGGCCAGUUCGACCAGGAAGAUGAUGAGGCGGACCGCAUAUACAAGGAGGUAGACGAGAAGAUGGACAGACGGCGAAAAGUGAGAAGGGAAGCUCGAGAACGACAGGAGCGAGAAGACUACGAACGAAAGAACCCGAAAAUCCAGCAGCAGUUUGCCGACUUGAAGCGCUCGCUCGCCUCGGUAUCUGAAGACGAAUGGGCGAAUCUGCCGGAGGUCGGAGAUCUUACCGGCAAAAACAGACGAACGAAACAAAACCUACGAAUGCAACAGCGCUUUUACGCCGUGCCCGAUAGUGUGCUUGCGAGCGCCAGAGACUCCUCCCAGUUUGACACCACGGUUGCCGAUGAUGGUUCUCAGACAGAUGGCCGUGCGGCCGAUGGCGCAGAUGGGAUGAUAACGAAUUUCGCCAAUAUUAGUGCUGCUCGUGACAAGGUGCUUCAGGUCAAACUGGACCAGGCAGCCAUGGGAUCCUCCGGCGACACUACGUCGGGGAGUGCGACUAGUAUUGAUCCCAAAGGAUAUCUCACGAGUCUAACACAAUCGGAACUCAAGGCGGGUGAAAUCGAAGUUGGAGACAUCAAGCGUGUGCGUGUAUUGCUGGAAUCGGUGACUAGGACGAAUCCCAAACAUGCCCCUGGUUGGAUUGCUCUCGCCCGACUGGAAGAGCUCGCGGGGAAGAUUGUCACUGCACGAAAUAUCCUGGCAAAAGGAUGUGAUCUAUGCCCGAAGAGCGAAGAUGCUUGGCUUGAGAACAUUCGACUCAACGAAGGACACAAUGCUAAAGUCAUUGCCGCGAACGCAAUCAAGAACAACGAUCGAUCUACCCGACUCUGGAUUGAAGCUAUGAGGCUCGAAACAGAGCCGCGGGCAAAGAAAAACGUUCUUAGACAGGCUAUCCUGCAUAUUCCUCAGUCCGUCACGAUUUGGAAGGAGGCUGUUAACCUGGAGGAGGAUCCUGCCGAUGCGCGCCUCUUGCUGGCUAAGGCGGUUGAGAUGAUACCCCUCUCCGUUGAAUUAUGGCUGGCCCUUGCGCGCUUGGAAACCCCUGAAAAUGCACAGAAGGUCCUGAACGCUGCACGUAAAGCUGUUCCAACAAGCCACGAGAUCUGGAUUGCUGCUUCUAGACUCCAAGAACAAAUGGGAACCUUCAACAAGGUGAAUGUGAUGAAGAGAGCUAUUCAAUCACUUGCACGAGAGAAUGCCAUGCUUAAACGAGAGGAGUGGAUUGCUGAAGCAGAGAAGUGUGAGGAAGAAGGAGCAGUUCUCACAUGUGGUGCGAUUAUCCGCGAGACGCUCGGGUGGGGACUCGACGAGGAUGACGACCGGAAAGAUAUCUGGAUGGAUGAUGCCAAGGCUAGUAUUGCCAAAGGAAAAUACGAGACAGCGAGGGCCAUCUAUGCAUAUGCUUUGCGCGUCUUUGUUAACCGGAAAUCAAUCUGGGUUGCCGCCGCGGAUCUUGAGCGUAACCACGGAACCAAGGAAGCGUUAUGGCAGGUUCUCGAGAAAGCUGUUGAAGCUUGCCCACAAAGCGAAGAGCUCUGGCUGCAGCUUGCAAAGGAGAAGUGGCAGUCUGGAGAAAUCGAUGACGCGCGGCGUGUGCUUGGCCGUGCAUUCAACCAGAACCCCAACAACGAAGAUAUCUGGCUGGCUGCCGUCAAACUAGAGGCGGAUGCACAGCAAACAGACCAAGCUCGAGAACUUCUUGCAACUGCUCGACGCGAGGCAGGAACCGAUCGCGUUUGGAUCAAGAGUGUCGCGUUUGAACGACAACUAGGAAACAUCAACGAGGCGCUAGAUCUCGUAAACCAAGGCCUCCAGGUGUACCCCAAGGCUGACAAGCUUUGGAUGAUGAAGGGUCAAAUCUACGAGUCGCAGAACAAGGUCCCACAGGCCCGAGAGGCUUACGGCACAGGUACCCGCGCAUGCUCCAAAUCCGUCCCGCUCUGGCUUCUAGCCUCAAGAUUGGAAGAAAAAGCUGGUGCAGUAGUCCGUGCCCGUUCUGUCCUUGAUAGAGCUCGUCUAGCAGUUCCAAACAGCCCCGAGCUUUGGACGGAGAGCGUCCGCGUUGAACGGCGCGCGAACAACAUCCCGCAAGCUAAGGUUUUAAUGGCAAGAGCACUCCAGGAAGUCCCUUCGUCCGGUUUGCUUUGGAGUGAAAGCAUUUGGUACCUUGAACCGCGGGCCCAACGCAAAGCCCGAAGCUUAGAAGCGAUCAAGAAAGUCGAGAAUGACCCGUUAUUAUUUAUCACGGUGGCGCGAAUCUUCUGGGGCGAACGGCGCCUCGAAAAGGCCAUGACCUGGUUCGAGAAGGCCAUUGUCUCAAAUAGUGACCUCGGCGAUGCCUGGGCCUGGUAUUAUAAGUUCUUGUUACAGCAUGGCACAGAUGAAAAACGAGCCGACGUCAUCUCGAAAUGCAUCUUAUCGGAACCUAAACACGGCGAACUCUGGCAAUCCAUUGCCAAAGAUCCAGCUAAUGCUUAUAAAUCGACCGAGGAGAUCCUCAAGUUGGUUGCAGACAGUCUCUCUCAAUGA